AUGUCUGAAAAGAAAGAAGAGUCUAUCGAGGUGCGGCGAAAAGACGAUUGCUCAAGGACAUCAGAACAAGAUCCGAAUCCAGAUCUCGAAAAGGUGUCGGAAAAGGAUCUUGAUGUCUGCACGCCUGAAAGCCCUAUCCAGAAACUCUCGAGAGCCAAUCGGACUGCCAGUUGUUCAGACGCUCCCCGAACAUGCAGAGCCAGCACAGAUCUUGCCCGUCAUGAAACCAGAACGACAGUUCUUUCCGUCGGUCGACAACAUAGCCUGACAUCGACAAUCUCUCGAGUUCCCACGGCCACCAAGCCACCUUCUUUUUCUCGUCUGCAUGAAAUCCUUUUCGUCGCCGUCAUCUGUUCCUCGCAGCUCCUCACACAAGCGGGCCUCACGCAGUCUAUCGCACCUCUCCACAUCAUCGGGCGCUCCUUCCACACGACGAACCCGGGCCAGCUCUCAUGGCUGCCCGCCGCGUACUCAUUGACCGUGGGCACAUUCAUCCUCCCUGCAGGCCGCUGGGGAGAUUUGUACGGCCACAAGAAAUUAUUCGUGAUGGGUUAUUUCUGGUUUGCGCUCUGGUCUCUGGUCGCGGGCUUCGCUGCCUUCUCACACUCGUUAGUUUUCUUCGCCUUCUGUCGCGCCAUGCAGGGUAUUGGGCCGGCCCUGUUGCUACCGAAUGGAAUUGCGGUGCUGAGCCGCACCUACCCACCAGGCCCAAGGAAGGAUAUGGUUCUGAGCAUCUUUGGAGCGACAGCUCCCGGGGGCUCGGUUAUUGGAUCUGUCUUUUCGGGAAUUUUCACCGAGUUUGUUUGGUGGCCUUGGGCGUUCUGGACUUUGGGGAUGGUGUUGAUCUUGGUUGGGCUGAUGGUGAUCUUCGUCGUACCUCAUAUUCCGGUGGUAGGCGGCAAAGCGACGUUCAAGGAGUUGGAUGCUCCUGGUACUGUGCUUGGAGUGGUCGGCUUGAUUUUGUUCAAUUUUGCUUGGAACCAGGGUCCCGCUGCGGGAUGGGACAAGGUUUAUGUUUACGUCCUGCUGAUUGUGGGCGUGAUAUUUUUGGCGGCCUUCUUCUGGUUUGAGAAAAGAAGAGCCACAUUCCCGCUUGUUCCUAUGUCCUCAUUCACAGCCGACACGAAGCUUGUAUUUGGGUGCAUUGCUAUGGGAUGGGCCAGCUUUGGGAUAUGGCUGUACUACCUCUGGCAAUUCCUCGAGCUGGAACGAGAACAGAGCAUCCUGCUUGGUGCUGCUCAAUUUGUCCCAACCACGAUAUCUGGCGCAAUGGCAGCGAUCACCACCGGAAUUUUGAUACGGAAGAUCCAGCCUGGAUGGAUCAUGUUGAUUAGUAUGCUGGCUUUCAUGGUUGGAAUCAUUUUGAUCACUACCAUGCCCAUCAACCAGACUUAUUGGGCUCAGACUUUUGUUUCAACCCUAGUAACUUGCUGGGGAAUGGAUAUGUCGUUCCCUUCCGGAGUCAUUGUGCUCUCGAACCAUAUGCCGCCAGAACAUCAAGGUCUAGCCGCAUCUCUUGUCAACACCGUGGUCAACUAUAGCAUUUCCAUCGGGUUGGGAAUGGCCGGUACAGUUGAAGUGCAAGUGAAUUCGGGCGGGUCGGAUGCAUUGCGGGGCUAUCAAGGAGCGUGGUAUUUGGGCAUUGGAUUGGAUGGUCUGGGUGUGCUGUGUGCCAUAUUCCUGAUCAUCUCGUGGAGGUCGACGUUGAAGGCCAAAGAAAAAGCCGAAAGUCAGAGGGGGGAAACUUAG